CAGAAAAAAACAGCUGUUGUUGGGGGAAAAAAAGAAAACAUCAAACAUGCCGGCCUCAAAGAGAGGAUCAUCCCCUCAUGAUUCUCAGCCCAAGAUGAGGAAGUUGGACGAGGACGCGGAGGCUCUGCAGCCAAAAACUGCACCGGCUACCAACAAUAAGCCCCAUAAAACAGGAAAUAUGCAAGAAACGACAGCAGCCCCUCGGACCAAGAAGAAACCGUCUGCCUCAGCAGAAGGGGAAAACAAACCAGCCAAGUCAUCCAUACAGACUUCCCCUCCAAAGGAUUCCAGCAAAACCAUUUCAGAGCCACCUGUCAAAAAAGCCAAGCUCCUGAAAGCCACAAGUGCCUCCUGCGGAGAAGCUCCCUCGAUGAAAGCUCUCUGCAAAGCUCCCGUGAAGCGGACAGCCUCCACAGAGUCCGACGAGGAUUUAAGUAGUGACGGUAGUAAAACUGACCUCUUUAGAGAGAGGGAUGACGGAGACAAGGCGCGCUGCAUUAGACAAUAUUCAAACCGAGUCCGAGCUAAGCGCCAGGCUGAAGAGACGUGUACUGAUCCACAGGAGACGUGCCAAGAGUUAUCACCUACGCCCUCGGACCCGGUACAGAUGGACCACAAUUAUGGUAGAUUCACAGAUUUGCUAGGUGGUCAAAACUUGGAUGAGACUGUUCAGAAUGAGGACAAACCUGCAGAGCCUGACACUGAAGCUCAGAGACAAGAAAAUUCAGAGUCAAAAGAAGCUUUAGCCGAAGAAAUUGGACAAUUAAAACAUUUAGAAAGCCAAAAUCUUAUAGAUAAAACUUCAUCUACACAGAUAUUAGACUCUAUCAGCGGGGCAGAGUCUAGUAUAGAAGUAAAUGAAAACAAGGAUGUGGCAGAGUCCAUCAAAAGCCAGACAGGUUUAGAUAACGAAACACUACCGCUGUCAGUGAAAACAAUAUGUUCUAGCAGCGGAGAGGCGAAGCAGUGCAGCGAAAGUGAAGACCAGACAGAUGAAAAAGUAGACUCUGUUUGUAGACCUGAAAGUCAGACAGAUCUGAGCUGUGAAACUGACACAAAAGAGCCCACAGUGUCUGGUUCUGAUGUAAAAUAUGAAACUGAUGAAAGUGAGCAUGAAGUGAAAGGAGAGACUGAAGCAGGUGUAGAAGCUCGAGCGCUGCCAAACGAAACAAACUCCACACCAGAGGAGAUGCUGAUGGGAAAUCACAAUCCUAAAAGCCAGACAGACCUCAGUGUCAAAAUUCAAGUUACUUUCAAGGAGGAAUCAAAAUCGAACCAAGUGCCAGACGCGAUUACAAAUUCAUGUGACGGCGUGAACAAAAUAGUUAAAAAGUCAGAAGAACAGCUCGAGGAAAGCGAAAGAAAAGGAGCUGAGUUCCUGUCCGCUCAGUCCGCAGCUGGUCCAGAGUCUUUUGUUGAAGUACAGCUGAGUCACGACGCUCGGGAGGUGAAAGCCAAGACAACUGACAGCUGUACUGAAACGAGUAAAACAACAUCUGAGGACAGAGCUGACCCUGCACUGAAAGAGCGAAGUGAAAACCAGGAGACGGGAAAUUUUAAUGACACUACAGACACACCUGUUGAUGUUAAAGAAGGUGUUGCAAAUUCUACAAGUUUGGGAAAAGAAGAGACGGACAUUGAAUGCACCGCAGCACAUAUUCAGGCUUCAGCAGCAUCAGCGCUUUCUAAUCCUGCCUCUUCUUCUCUGGAAAUACAAGGACAGACGAAUCGAGAGGUCAGUGAACCUACCACAGACAUAUCAAGAGGAUUUCACGACGAGCAUGUGGUUGUGAAGUCUACAGUUAUGGAAAAUGAAGAUAGGAUGAGCGUUGACUCAGCUAGUGGACGUGAGAGUCAGAAUAUAAUAGAAAUGCAGACUCUCACAGCAGCAGACACCAGCGCAGAUGUGAGUAAAUCCACCUCAGACGUAUCUGAUUCAGUGACUGCACCUUUUAAGAGUAGCGAAGAUGAAGGCAGGAUUCCCUCUGAAUGUGUCGCAGCUCCUGAGAAUCAAAUAGAGGAGAUUUCUAACUCUGAAACUGGGCCUACAGAGAAAACGCAGAGUCAGAAUAUCCAUGAAGUCAGUGAACCUACCACAGAUGCAUGUACUGAAUCUCAUGAGGAGCAGACGGUCGGCACUUCUACAAUUACAGAAAACACACACAGCUUUGAAUCGGACAUGCAGAAGAGAACUGAGGAGAUUUCUAUCAUUGCACCGACGGCUGAAAUGCAAAGCCAGCAGAUCCCGGAAGUCAGUGAACACAACACGGACGUACAACCUGAGCUUAGUGAAAAUUUGACUGAAAAAUCCCAAAACAUGGAAAAUGUGAAGUUUGAAUGUGCGUCUUCAUCAGAGAGUCAAAUCAAUAUGAAAAUGCAGACCACAUCUAAUCCACUCCCUAUGACGGAAACACAAAGUCAGAAUAUCCAGGGUGUCAGUGAACCUAACACAGAUGUAUGCAGUGAAUUUCAUGAAGAUCAGAAAGUGGACGCUUCUUCAAUUAGAGAAAAUGUAAACAGCUUUGAGUCUGUGGCAGCAGCAGCAGAGAGUCAAAGUGAACGUUACUUGCAAACCUCACAGACAUCAGAGACCUCUAAUCCUGCCCCGUCACAGGAAAUGCAAAGUCAGGGAAGCCAAAUAGACUCGGACACACAGACCAGAACUGAGGAGAUUUCUAUCAUCGCACAGACAGCAAUGCAAAGCCAGCAGAUUCGAGGAGUCAGUGAACACAACACAGUCAUACCACCUGGGGUUCAAAAUAUGGGAAAGGUGGAUUUUGAAUGUGCAUCUGUAUCGGAGACACAAAUGCAGACUACAGAGGAGAUUUCUAUAAAAAGUGAACACAUAUCUUCAGAGGUUGCAGUCAAAAACUCCCAAAAUAUAGAAGAAGACGACAAAAUGAGCGAUAAAUUACUGACUACGCCGGAGAAUCGGUUCAAAUCAGAAGCACAGAGAACGGAAACACAAAGCCAGGAGAGCCAAGAACUCAGUGAACCUGCAGCCGACUUAUCUGAAGUUCAAGAGGGUCUAAUUAUUCCCACAAAUGAGUGUAAUGAAAACAAGGAGAGUCAAGUAGAAAUUGAUAUCCAAACAACAGCGGCAGAGGAGGAGAUGAUCUCUAAUCCGACAUCAACACUCAACAUGCAAAGCCAGAAAGGUCAGGAGGUCAGAGAAUCCACCACAGACGCUGAAAAAGGCUUAAUCGUGGCGAGCACUGAGAGUAAGGAAAGCAAGGAAGAGGAUAUCACUGCUGCUGUAAAUCAAAUGGAAACGAAUACGCAAACAACAGCAGCAGCAGCAACCCAGCAGGAUAUUUCUAAUCUUGAAAUGCGAAUCGGGGGAAGCCAAGAGAGGAGACAGGAAAACAACUAA